AUGGCCGGUUAUCGAGCUAGCAUUGACUCGCAGAGGGAAAAAACGAGCAAGCAAAUCUCAGAUUCGACAGCUGUGAGAAACCGAUUCAAUUGUGCCGUUAUUCAGGCAAACCUCGACCUCGAUGGUCUGACUGGUCUUCCACCACCUCCCUCUCCUCCCAACGACGACGCCAACCCUCCCAUUCCCCAGCCACUAACUAUGAGCGACUCUCCACAAUGGUGCUCAGACUCGUGUCUGACAUGCUCUAACCUUGUGCCCAGCGGUGCUACUUACUGCUCGCGCGCGUGCCAGCCGUCAAUAGACGCUGAAACUUCAUACUUCGAUGCGCAAUUUUCCUGGUCGCAACACAAUACGGCGAAAAUUAGCGCGUGGGCUUUCGAGGUCGACUGCUCAUCGUCGCGGCCCUCCCCAAAAACCAUCCGCUCUACCGCUUCCCACCCCGUUCUCCUCAGUGGACUGAAGCAGCAACAACGCCCCACUGCCCAUGUAACCCUUCGCACAAACGACAACGACCUCCCCUCCCCAUCAUCCCCCAUAUCCACCAGGAGUAGGAACACUGCUCUCGAGUCCCUCUCGAUAGUCGCUUCUUCCCUCCCCUAUUCCACUUCCUCUGCUGCAAAACGAUACCUCAGUCUCGGCAGACGAGGUUCAUGUCCACCCGUUACUGCUUCACCGGAGAAGCCUCACCGAACACGACUCCCCUUACUUCUUCCACAAAAGUCGACUGAAUCGACCUAUACGCGGCCCACGACGCCUUCAACGGGCUCGCCAACACUCGUCGCAGAGGUCAAUGGAGCCGAUAAGUUCCAUUGGGCGCAUGCAAAGGCCGCAGGGAGAGUUUAG